AUGGAGGAGACACGCUGUAAUGUCAAAACAAGAAAGAAAACCCACUCACCGAAGAGAAAAGAUGAGAAAUUUUUGACCUGCACUCAGUGUGGAAAGAGUCUGAGCUGCAAAAAGAGUCUCAGAGUUCAUAUGAGGAUUCACACCGGAGAGAAACCAUUCACAUGUGUUCAGUGCGGGAAGAAUUUCAGACAUUCCUCAUACCUUAAUCUACACAUGUUGAUCCACACUAGAGAGAAACCGUUCACAUGUGUUCAGUGCGGGACGAGUUUCAGACAAUCAUCACACCUUAAUCGACACAUGUUGAUUCACACUGGAGAGAAAACACAUGAAUGUGAUCAAUGCAGCAAAACAUUUUUGUUAGCUCAAGAGCUCAAGAACCAUCUUAAAGUGCACACAAAGGAGAAACCUUAUUCAUGUUCAUUGUGUGGAAAGAGAUUUAAAUGUCAGCAAAGUUUAAAAAAACAUCAGAAGAUCCACACUGGUGUGAGAGAGUAUAUGUGCUUUGAGUGUAAGAAGACUUUUAUUAAAGCUGAACAUCUGAAAUGUCAUCAGAGGAUCCACACUGGAGAGAAACCGUACAGAUGUAAUCAAUGCGGGAAGAGUUUCAGAUGUUCAUCAGCCCUAAAUAAACACAUAAAGAUCCACACUGGAGAGAAACCGUUCACAUGUGCUCAGUGCGGGACGAGUUUCAGACGUUCAUCACACCUUAAUCGACACAUGAUGAUCCACACUGGAGAGAAACCAUUCACUUGUAUUCAGUGCGGGACGAGUUUCAGACAUUCAUCAGCCCUUAAUCAACACAUGUUGAUCCACACUGGAGAGAAAACACACAAAUGUGAUCAAUGCAGCAAAACAUUUUUGAGGGCAUCAGAGCUGAAGAGCCAUCUUAGAGUUCACACAAAGGAGAAACCUUAUUCAUGUUCAUUGUGUGGAAAGAGAUUUAAAUGUCAGUCAGGUUUAAAAAAACAUCAGAAGAUCCACAUUGGUGUGAGAGAGUAUGUGUGCUCUGAGUGUAAGAAGACUUUUAUUAAAGCUGAACAACUGAAACAGCAUCAGAGUAACCACACUGGAGAGAAACCUUACACAUGUGAUCAAUGCGGGAAAAGUUUCAGAUGUUUAUCACACCUUAAUCGACACAUGAUGAGUCACACUGGAGAGAAACCGUUCACAUGUGUUCAGUGCGGGAAGAGUUUCAGAUGUUCAUCAGACCUAAAUAAACACAUGAAGAUCCACACUGGAGAGAAACCGUUCACAUGUGUUCAGUGCGGGACGAGUUUCAGACAAUCAUCAAACCUUAAUAAACACAUGUUGAUCCACACUGGAGAGAAAACACACAAAUGUGAUCAAUGCAGCAAAACAUUUUUGAGUGCUCCAGAGCUGAAGAGGCAUCUUAGAGUUCACACAAAGGAGAAACCUUAUUCCUGUUCAUUGUGUGGAAAGAAAUUUAAAUGUCAAUCAGGUUUAAAAACACAUCAGAAGAUCCACACUGGUGUGAGAGAGUAUAUGUGCUUUGAGUGUGAGAAGACUUUUAUUACAGCUGGAGAACUGAAACAGCAUCAGAGGAUUCACACUGGAGAGAAACCGUACAUGUGUUCACACUGCAACAAGAGAUUCAGUGUGUUAGGAAACCUGAAAACACAUGAGAGGAUCCACACUGGAGAGAAACCUUACGCAUGUGAUCAAUGCGGGAAAAGUUUCAGAUGUUCAUUACACCUUAAUCGACACAUGAGGAUUCACACUGGAGAGAAACCGUUCACAUGUGUUCAGUGCGGGAAGAGUUUCAGAUGUUCAUCAGCCCUAAAUAAACACAUGAAGAUCCACACUGGCGAGAAACCAUUCACAUGUGUUCAAUGCGGGACGAGUUUCAGAUGUUCAUCAGAUCUUAAUCUACACAUGUUGAUCCACACUGGAGAGAAAACACACAAAUGUGAUCAAUGCAGCAAAACAUUUUUGAGGGCUUCAAAUCUGAAGAUCCAUCUUAGAGUUCACACAAAGGAGAGACCUUAUUCAUGUUCAUUGUGUGGAAAGAGAUUUAAAUGUCAGCAAAGUUUAAAAGCACAUCAGAAGAUCCACACUGGUGUGAGAGAGUUUAUGUGCUUUGAGUGUAAGAAGACAUUUAUUACAGCUGGGGAACUGAAACUGCACCAGAGGAUUCACACUGGAGAGAAACCGUACAUGUGUUCACACUGCAACAAGAGGUUCAGUUGGUCAGAAAAACUGAAAAGACAUGAGAAGAUCCACACUAGACUCUAAAAGGGAUCCACAGAGAGAAACAUGUGAUCAAUGCUGCAAAUCAUAUUUAGGGCUUCAGACCUGAAGAACCAUCAUAGAAUUCAUACAAAAUGAAGUCUUCUUCAUGUUCAUUGUAUGGCAGAAGAUUUACUUGAGUAUUUUUUUUUUACAGCUUUUAUGAAAUAUUCCACAAACAUUAACAACAUCGAUCCAAAAUACCAAAUCAAAAUGAUUAUGAUGAUGGGAAGCACAAAGACGAAUAAGAAAUGCAUACACAAUGUAACAAGCAAAGAAUCUGUUGAAAAUAGGACAAGUGUAAAGAAAGUAAACAAUGUAAAGAAAAAAGUAAGCAAAAUUAAAUAAACUAAACAUAAAUGCCCCUGACUGGAUCAAUAUAUUUAAAAAAAUCAAGCAUUUAUGAAAUGUGUGUGAGCCAUUUUCUCAAAUAAAUAUACAAUGGUGUGAAAAAAA